CCGCCCCCUCUCGGAGGCAGGGCAACCCGGGCCACGUGAGCCCCAGGAUUGGCUGGCUCUGGAGGUUCCGGUUUUCGAGUAUCUGCUGUCACGUGGCUGCUCCCCCCCCAGCUUAAACUGCAUGAGGGGGGAACGAACUCCCGUAAUCCUGCUCAGCGGAGGGGUGAGUGACCGGCCCCGCCCCUUCCGGUCCUCGACUCCUGGACCACUACGGGCCGCUCUGCUCCUGUCGCUUCUUUGGAUGCCGGCGCUGCUCCCUGUGGUCUCCCGUCUUCUGUUGCUGCCCCGAGCACUGUUGUCCAUGGCCUCAGGAAGCCCUCCGACCCAGCCCUCACCAGCCUUGGGCUCCGGCUAUGUUCCCGGCUCAAUUUCUGCAGCCUUUGUCACCUGCCCCAAUGAGAAGGUCGCCAAGGAAAUUGCUAGGGCUGUGGUGGAAAAGCGUCUAGCAGCCUGCGUCAACCUGAUUCCUCAGAUUACAUCCAUCUAUGAGUGGAAAGGAAAGAUUGAGGAAGAUAGUGAGGUGUUGAUGAUGAUUAAAACCCAAAGUUCCUUGGUUCCAGCUUUGACAGAUUUUGUCCGUUCUGUGCACCCUUAUGAAGUGGCUGAGGUGAUUGCAUUGCCAGUGGAGCAGGGGAACUAUCCAUACCUACACUGGGUGCGCCAGGCUACUGAGUCAGUUUCUGAUCCCACAGUUUUGCCAUGAGGAACUGUCCCUGCCAUGUUUUCCUCAUAUACUCCAAUGGUGUCUGGCUUCUACGUGAUGGCUGGCCCACUAAUAAAUACUAUCUACUGUUA